AUGACUGAUAUCCAUUCUGAAAUUAAAGGACUUAAAAGUAAUAUUCAGAAGAAUUUAGAGUUUUCAGGCACUACGUCCAAUCCUAAUUGGAAAGAUCUUAUUGCAAUUGUUAAAAAAGAUCAAUCAGAAAGUGAUUUAGGAGCGCGAGGUGAAUAUUUUAACACCAGCGGCACCAUCAUAGAUAAUCCUCUUGGGCAACCUUUGGAGUAUAGAGUUUGUAACAGCUGCGGAAAGCCCAUUAGCUUAUCGGUGAUUGUUGAGCACCUUAAGUCUCAUUGCAAAGGGUCACAGGCCACUCCUUCUAAAUUCAUAAAGCAGGAGGACGAAGGGCUCAGUGACGAAAUGUCCAAGAAGAAAACGAUGGACUCUAAGAGACCAACUCCAUUCGAGGUGGAUACUCCACCUGAAGAUAGCCCUUCAAUCAAAAAGCAGCGGAAAGGAGCGGGUCCAUCAUCUGCCAAAGCUAAGAGGAAAAUUAAACAGAGAAACCCUACAGAGAAGCACCUCAUUGAUUUUGAUAAGCAGUGUGGUGUUGAAUUACCUGAGGGUGGCUGUUGUGGCCGAUCACUAACCUGUAAAUCUCAUUCAAUGGGUGCCAAGCGGGCAGUGGUCGGUAGGUCCCAACCUUUCGAUGUUCUUCUAGCUCAAUAUCAGAAGAAAAAUCAGCUAAAAACUGGGGGAGGAACAAAAACCCGCUCAAAACAAGCCCAAUCAACACAGUCUCAGCACCAAUCUCAACAAGGACAAAGCCAGCAAACAACAGAUGGUUCAGCGUCAUUGCUGACUCCCGAAGAGGAAACAACCCAGGUCCUUAACGGCGUUUCAAGGUCAUUUCCUCUCCCAUUGGAAUCGACAGUACUUUCGUCGACCAGAUCAAGAACCAAGUUUUUUAGGAUGCGAGAAAUGUUUGCUUCUUCGUUUUCGGUUAGACCAGGAUACAGUGCACCUGGGUAUGGUGCCAUCCAUUCGCGUGUCGGAUGUAUAGAUCUAGACAGGACCACAGAUUAUACUUUCCGCAUACGAACACCCCAACCUCUCAACCAGAUGAACCAAAAUAAUUUAACUCCACAGCAAAUGCAGAAGUUGCAACAACAACGCAUGUUGCAAGCACAAAUGUUAGCUCAGCAACAGCAACAACAGAAACAACAAACGCAGCAGCAGGUACAGCAGCAGUCGCAGAAUCAACAAAAUCAGCCCAAUGGUUUUAAUCAACCUAGACACUACACUACUCUUUCGCAAAGUGGAGGAGAAAAUGGACUAACGCCACAAGACAUUCAACGGCAGCAACAGCGCUUGCGGCAGCAACAAGUUCAGCAACAACGCUUUGAAGCAGCGGCUUUUCAUCUAGCUACAGCCACCAAAUUAAUGCAAGGGGGAUCCAAAACUCAGCCCGGACCUUCCAUGAAUGUUCCUAAUGCAGUAGUUGGUUCGCCUGUUAAUAUUAGUAACAGCAGAAGUAAUAGUAAUACUCUCAACACUCCAGUUGAAAGGAGAGUAGACGUAGGAUCAGUAAAUGGAUCUUCUCGAGUUGAUGAUAAUGGAAUUAGUUAG